AUGACUUUCCUCAUCCUUGUGAUUGGAGACCUGCACAUCCCGGACAGGGCGCUGGACAUUCCCGCCAAGUUCAAGAAGCUGCUUGCGCCCGGCAAGAUUGGCCAGACUCUAUGUCUCGGUAACCUCACCGACAAGCACACCUACGAGUAUCUACGGUCCCUGUCGCCGGACCUCAAGAUCGUCAAGGGCCGCACCGAUGUCGAAGCCACGUCUCUCCCCUUGACGCAGGUCGUCACGCACGGCGGCAUCCGAAUUGGCUUCUUGGAAGGCUUCACGCUUGUUUCCAACGAGCCCGACCUGCUUCUAGCCGAGGCCAACAGACUGGACGUCGAUGUCCUGUGCUGGGGCGGCACUCACCGGUUCGAUGCCUUCGAGUACAUGGACAAGUUCUUCGUGAACCCGGGCAGCGCGACGGGAGCCUUCUUGACAGGAGCAAGCCUGGAUGCAGAGCCUACGUCUCCAAGCUUUUGCCUGAUGGAUGUCCAAGGCAUUUCACUGACUCUCUACGUUUACCAAUUAAAGACGGAUGAAAAGGGAAAUGAGAAUGUGGCGGUAGAAAAGGUUACUUAUACAAAGCCUGUGGAGCCAUCUACAGGUUCAUCAUGA